UCAGAGAUCUAAGGUCCUCCGGGAAAAGCAAAGUGGCUCCAGGGAGGAGAGGGGCUGCAGGCAUCCAAUGCCAAGAACUACCGAGGGGAGCUGAGCGUGUACAGCCGAGCAGAGCAGCUUUUUUGGUCUCUUCCUGCCUCUCAAGAUGAUGAAAAGACAGUUUAAUCGGAUGCGCCAGCAGCUGUCCCAUCCCAACACCACCAUUAGAGCCCAAGAAGCAACUGAGCUCCUGUCAGAAGAUUUGCUGCAGAUUGAACAGAGGAUUGAGCCAGCCAAGAGAGCAGCUCACAGUGUGUCCAAGAGGCUCCAAGCCUGCCUGCAGGGACAAUGUGGCUCCGAGAUGGACAAGCGAGUGAAGAAGCUGCCCUUGAUGGCUCUGUCCAUGGCGAUGGCUGAGAGCUUCAAGGAACUGGACAUAGAGUCCAGCCUUGGGAGAGCCCUGGAGAUGGGUUGCUGCAUACAGAGUUCACUGGCCAAAAUCGUGGCCGAGUUUGAGAUUGCCCUGGAGCACUAUGUCCUGCAGCCACUCAACAAGCUCAGUGAGGAGGAGCUUCCCACCAUCCUGAAGCGGAAGAAGACCCUCCAGAAGUUGAUUUCUGACUGGAACACAAUCAAGAGCCGGCUGAACCAAGCUGCCAAGAGUUCUAGUAACAGCACUGGAGCUGGUGUUGGCCCAGGGGCAUCUUCUGCUGCCAACAAACUGGAGAUCUUGAAGGAAGAAGAGGAGGAGGUGAAGAGGAAGGUGGAGCAGUGCAAGGAUGAGUACAUGGCUGACCUCUACCACUUCUCCACCAAAGAGGACAUUUAUGCCAGCUACAUCAUCAAACUAUUGGAAAUCCAAGCCCAGUACCACCGGCAGUCACUGGACUCUCUGGACUCAGCUCUAGCAGAGCUGAGGGAAAGCCACAGACAGACAGAGCCUUCCUUCAUGACAGACACUCCAGUGGCAGGGUACUAUGGUGUGCCCCUAGAGACACACCUCAAGAGCUUGGGCCGGGAGAUUGCACUUCCCAUUGAAGCCUGUGUCAUGAUGCUGUUGGCUUCCGGCAUGAAGGAGGAGGGACUCUUCCGGCUGGCAGCAGGCGCCUCAGUGCUGAAGAAGCUGAAGAGCAGCUUGGCCAGCGGCUCCAAUGCCCUGGAGGAGUUUUACUCAGACCCCCACGCUGUGGCUGGUGCACUGAAAUCUUACCUGCGGGAGCUGCCCCAGCCUUUGAUGACCUUUGAACUCUAUGAUGAAUGGGUCAAAGUGGCCAGCUUGAAGGACAUUGAUAGCCGUGUACAGAGCCUGCGAGACACCUGCAGCCGCCUGCCCCAGGACAGCUACAACAAUCUGAGGUAUCUGAUCAAGUUUUUAGCCAAGCUGGCUGAACACCAGGAGGUGAAUAAAAUGACCCCCAGCAAUAUUGCCAUUGUGCUGGGCCCAAACCUGCUGUGGUCACAGCAGAGCACAGGAGACCCCAUGCAAUUGGACUUGGCCUCAGUCUCCUCCAUCCAGGCUGUGGUGGAAGCCCUCAUCCAGAACGUGGACACUCUCUUCCCUGGAGAGGUAGAUUUCAAUGUCUCAGGCAUGUUCAUGCCGCCCACAAACACCGGACUUUGCAAGGCUGCAUCAGUGGAAGAGCCAACUCCUGUGAUCCCUCCAGCCAGCACUCCCACCCUUUUGGAUGGAGAGGCCACCUCCAGGGACCCUGAGGCCAGGUCCCAGCCAGCAUCCCCAGCACAGCCCAGGCCAUCUCCUGAAGCUGCAGGGCCACCAGCUCCGACAAUGACUGACAACACCACCCGCAAAGGCAAACGCCCAGCUCCAGCCCGACCCACAAUGCCACCACCGCCUGUGACACAGCCCCGGAGCACAGCUCCAGCCCAGGCAGCCAGCCCCAAAGCCCUGCCACGACGGAUGAUGCUCAGCCGAGCCCCCUCCGUCCCGCCGCCGCUCCCUCCGCAGCCAGCACCCCGCCACAGCCGAGAUGCCCUACCAUCCCCCAAGCCUUGCACUGGUGAGGCUGACACAGCAGCUGCCAUGAACUGUGUGCCGGGAGCCACAGAGGAGGGGCAGCCACUGCCUGCAGGAGGAAGCCCCCUAGCCACAUCAGCCCCAGAAGGACAGCCCACAGAGAACUGAACAGGGUGAGGAACGUGAAGGAAUCACAGGUCAGAGAGAUGGGACCUCUCUGAGAUCCAGCAGGUGCUGUGAAAAUGCCAGAGUGGCCUGAGGGAGUGAAUCUCUUGGUCCUCCACCUUGCUUCCUUGGCUCACACCACCUGGCAUGCUUUGCCUGCCUUCUCUCG